AUGGUCAAACCACUCAGUUUCAAGGGCGACAAGAAGGUCAAGAAGCGCAAGCGCACACAAGACGAAGGUGCAGACGGCCGUGGCCCUGCGACAAAGGACUUGAAGUCUGGCGCAGAGCAGCACCAAGACGACGACGACGAGUCGUGGGUCUCUGCAGAUGCAGUGAGCGACGUCGCCGGGCCCGUCAUAUUUGUGUUGGCGACCAAACCUCCAACUUGUCUGGCCUGUGAUGCCAAUGGCAAGGUGUUUGCCAGUGCGCUCGAGAAUAUGGUCGACGAGUUGCCCUCGACGGCCGAGCCGCACGACGUCAGGCAAGUCUUUAUAGCAAACCGUAUCGCAGGCACCGACACUUUUAGCUUCAAAGGACAUCAUGGCAACGACAAGUUUGGCAUCCUCUCAGCCACACGCGACGCCAUUUCAUCCGAAGAACAAUUCACAUUGCUGCCCUCUGACUCUCUUCUNUUCAACAUACGCACAACACGCGACAAGCUACUCUCUGCCACCCAGGACAAGACCGUCGAAAUCAGAGCCGAUGCCGAGGACGACACUAGCCCGACUUGUGCCAUCAGGCUGCGCAUGCAAGCACGCUUCAAGCCUGUCCACAAAGCUGCCAAGGAGGAAAAGGCAAACGAGAAGAUAAGCAGAGCUCAACUCGAGCAAGCCGUCGGCCGCAAACUCGACGAUGCCGAGGUCAAGCUUUUGAAGAAGGCCUGGAAGGAUGGCACAUAUCACGAAGCUUUGCUUGAUGUCAAGGUCAAGGGAAAGCACGACAAGUUUGCCUGA